CCCCGCCCCGCGGCGGUCAGUCGGGCGGCGGCGGCGGUGGCGGCGGCAGCGGCGGAGGCGGCUCCGCCGGGCUGAGGAGCGGACGCGGGGAGGCGGCUCGGGAUCGCGACACAAUGAGGCGAGUGGUACGACAGAGCAAAUUCCGGCACGUGUUUGGCCAGGCGGUGAAAAACGAUCAGUGUUACGACGACAUCCGCGUCUCCCGCGUCACUUGGGAUAGCUCCUUCUGUGCUGUAAACCCCAGAUUUGUUGCAAUAAUUGUAGAUGCUAGCGGUGGUGGAGCAUUCCUGGUGCUGCCUUUGCACAAGACAGGCAGAAUUGACAAGUCCUACCCAACAGUGUGUGGCCACACUGGGCCAGUGCUGGACAUAGACUGGUGUCCUCACAAUGACCAGGUCAUUGCCAGUGGCUCUGAGGACUGCACUGUCAUGGUGUGGCAGAUUCCAGAGAAUGGGCUCACCCUGUCCCUGACAGAGCCAGUGGUGGUGCUGGAAGGCCAUUCCAAGAGGGUUGGCAUCGUGGCUUGGCACCCCACAGCACGCAACGUGCUGCUCAGUGCAGGUUGUGAUAAUGCAAUCAUCAUCUGGAAUGUGGGAACAGGUGAAGCCCUCAUAAACCUGGAUGACAUGCAUGUGGAUAUGAUUUACAAUGUGAGCUGGAAUCGCAAUGGCAGCCUCAUCUGCACAGCUUCCAAAGACAAAAAAGUUCGAGUUAUUGACCCCAGGAAACAAGAAAUUGUUGCUGAGAAAGAGAAAACCCACGAGGGAGCCCGUCCCAUGCGAGCCAUUUUCCUGGCUGAUGGAAACAUCUUCACCACCGGCUUCAGCCGCAUGAGCGAACGGCAGCUUGCCCUCUGGAAUCCAAAAAACAUGGAGGAGCCCAUAGCUCUUCACGAGAUGGACACCAGCAAUGGGGUCCUGCUGCCCUUCUAUGAUCCAGAUACCAACAUUAUUUACUUGUGUGGCAAGGGUGACAGCAGCAUUCGCUACUUCGAGAUCACGGAUGAAUCCCCCUAUGUUCACUACCUCAACACCUUCAGCAGCAAAGAGCCACAGAGGGGAAUGGGGUUCAUGCCAAAGAGGGGCCUUGAUGUCAACAAGUGUGAGAUUGCCAGGUUCUUCAAGCUUCAUGAGAGGAAGUGUGAGCCCAUCAUCAUGACGGUUCCUCGGAAGUCUGACCUCUUCCAGGAUGAUCUGUACCCUGACACAGCUGGCCCAGAGGCAGCUCUGGAAGCAGAGGAGUGGUUUGAGGGGAAGAAUGCUGAUCCUCUUCUCAUCUCCUUGAAGCACGGGUACAUUCCAGGCAAGAACAGGGAUCUCAAGGUGGUCAAGAAGAACAUACUGGACAACAAGCCUGCUGCAAAUAAGAAAAGUGAUCUCAUAAAUGCUCCAAAGAAAGCAGCUGAUGCCUCAAACACUCAAAACGAAGCCAAAUUGGAUGAAAUUUUGAAAGAGCUGAAAUGUAUAAAAGACACGAUCACCAACCAGGACGAGCGCAUUUCCAAGCUGGAGCAGCAGAUGGCAAAGAUCGCGGACUGAGCGGGGCAGAGCGGCGCUGGCCCCGCCGCCAGCCCAGGCACAUUCCAGUUCCCCCAGUUCAGCAAGCAGCAGCAUUCCAGUACCAGCUUUCCUCUUCUCCCAAAUUCACCCAAAUUCACGUCAACGAGAGCCGAUGAUUAAAAGCCAAGCUUUUUAGUGAAAGGUUUUUUUUUUUUUCCUGAUGUUUUAAUGAGUUUAUGUGACUGUGUCAAACGAGUCAAAAAAUAAGUGCUACUUUUACAGUCUUUUUUUUUUUUUUCCCAGAUGUUAUGAAUUCUUGAAAACAAAUCCAUUCUGACUUUCAGUGUUGUGCCCAAAUGUCUUUUCUAGAUGUAGGGACCAAUGCCACAUUGUUCUUAACCAUUUUUUUUUUUUUAAAGUUGCCAAAAAAAAAGAGAGAAAAAAAAAAGUUGCUUUUUUUUUUUCUUAUUUGCCACUUUGCAGUAUUUUGUGUUUCUAAUUGAAAGGGACAGCACUGUGUGUGUGUGCGUGUGUGUGUGUGUGCACAGUGGGUGUUUAUACUGUUCAGAGAACAAAACUGAAGCUAUUUUGUAUAAAUCUUCAAUUUCCAACAAUCAGAUUGGUUUCCUUUGCAGAGUGGCUGAGGCUGCUGCUGCUGAGACCCCUCAGAGGUGGGACAAUCUGCCUUCCCUUCCUCCCUGACCUGUCCCCACCACCUUUGUCUGGCAGUUUAAAGGAAAAAAAAAACUAAGUAGUUCUGAAGGAGAUGAUUCAUGCCACAAAAUGCUGCUUCUUUCUUACACCUUGAAGAACUUCAAACCUUACAUCAUCUUGUGCUUUUCAACUCAUGUUUUGGAUUUCUCUAGCCCCAUCCAAAACAUGGUUUAUUUCCCAGUUGGUUUUUUUUUUAAUUAUUAUUUGAUUUUAUCCUGGGGCAGAAGUUACUUCCCUGCAGGAGAUGUUUUCAGGUUUAUCCCUGGAGUGGAGAGGGGAAGGUGCCAUGGGAGAGGUGAGCUGGGGGCCUUUGGCAGUCACCAUGGUGUCUGUUCCAGCUGUGUGCACUGCUGUAAAUACUUCUUCCUGCACCACCACCAUCAGCUUUAAGAAGCUUUUAAAGACCUGCAAGCUUGCAGUUAGUUCUCUGGCCCCUCACAUUCAUGCUGAUUUUAGACAUUUAGACUUUGCUUCCCAAACAGCAUUAGCAGUGUUGUUUUUUCAUGAUGGGUCUCCAGAAACAAAACUCCUCUUUUUCUUUUUUUUUUUUUUCCCUCAUUUUAUUUUUUGUGAUUUAAUCUUUUUCCCCCCCUUUCUGUCACUCCUGCCUCACCACCACUCCCUAAACCUUUGCAGGAAAUUCUUUGUUCCAGGAUGAGUGAACUCCAUCCCCACACCGCCCCUGUGCUGCCAGGCCUGCGGAUUGGAAGUGACUGGGGAGGGUGCUUUUGAUCCCAGUUUGGAGAACUGGUUUCUCACAGGGAUUUUUGAGAUCCUCAGGACAGAGACCCCCGUGGGCACUCCGAGCUCACCAACUCCUCAUGGAAUUUUUUGGAUGCCUCAGCUCAGCAAAGCUCUGCUCAGGUGGGGUUUGCCCUGCGAGGGGGCUGCUUGGGUCAGGGAUGUGGGUUCAGGGUGCUGAGAGGGAUCUGAGGAGCCUCAAAACCUUUCCCAACCUGGGAUGGAUCCCUGGAUGGAUCCCUGGAUCCCUGCAGCAGCUCAUGUGUGUGCCUGGGAGCUGCUGUGCCAGAGCAGUGUCCCCCACCCUGGCCACCCCCCCCCCCAAGCUGUCCCUGUGUCCAGGCUGAAGUGAUUUUUUAAUUUUAUUUUGUUUUUAAUUUUUUCCCCGUUAGGUUAGCUAGAAACCCUCACAUUCUCCAUUUCCCCCAGUGUUUGCAUGUUCAGAACUUGCAGGUGGAAGCUUCUGUGUGCUGGAGGGAUGGCUGUGUGUGUUGGGAUGGCUGGGAAUGGAGCUGGAGGGGCACGAGAAUGGGACAUGAGGAGACAGGAUGUGUUGUUGUUGCAUAGCAUGAAAGCUUCAUAAAAAUGGGAUAUUUUUUUUUUAAAUGUUUGAGGUGGUGAGCACAGCAAGAGGGACGAGUGUCCCCUGCCACUGGUGCUGGAGUCACAGCUCAGACACUCUGAGUUAUAUUUGAAUGUUUGGUGACGUUCUUGUACUGCAGUAAAUGGCUGAGAUGAUCUGUAUUUUUAUUCCCUUUUUUUUUUAUUAUUAUUAUUCUUUUUUUUUCUUUUUUAUGAGAACAAAACCAAGCCUCAUGCUCCUCCCAAA